ACGUUAGCGUUUGAAAAUUAGUUUUUAUUUGAUCGCACAACGCGAAACGGCUUAUAUCGUAGACGGGGAUCAUUGUAAGCGAAACGCAUGCGCAAGUGAUUAAAAGUGGAAAAAUAAAAAGAAAAUAAAAUAUUCCAACUACUCGGUUCCGGGAAUUUUUUUUAAAGCCAGAGUGUUAACACAAAAGAAGAAGAAAAUUGCAAUUGUUUGAUUGUUUCAAGUUAUUAAUACAGUUGUGACCAUGGAAAUGGAUUCAAAUAUUCAAAAUUUUUUCCGAAAUAAAAAUGUGUUCCUGACUGGCGGCACUGGAUUUCUGGGGAAAGUGUUCAUAGAGAAGCUUUUACGAUGCACCGAAGUUCAACACAUUUAUGUUCUCACACGACCCAAGGCUGGCAAAGAUGUCAACGAACGUUUCAGUCAAAUAUUUAAAGAACCUCUUUUCGAAAAAUUACUCACUGUACGCCCAAAUCCAUUAAAAUCUAUAAAAACCAUCAGUGGCGAUUGUACACUCCCGAAUCUGGGCAUUUCCCAAGAUGAUUGUCAAGAGUUGAUUGAGAACAUCGACGUUGUCAUACACAGUGCAGCCACAGUGCGUUUUAAUGAACCGCUAAGCAAUGCAACACAGAUCAAUAUCGAGGCAACAAUAGAUCUCAUGAAGAUAGCCAAACAGAUGAAGCAUUUAAAGGCAUUUGUACAUGUCUCCUCAGCGUUUGCGAAUUGUCUGGUCUUACAUGGCGAGGAACGUUUCUACACCGAACAUUUGGGUAUUACCAGCGAUGAGCUGUUAUCCGUCAAAGGUAUUUUGGGUAAUGAGAAAUUCGAUCGCAUGGAAUUGGAGUUGGCAGGCAAAUUUCCCAAUACCUAUUGUUUCACAAAAUCAGUAGCCGAGGAGGCGGUAUUAAAACAUAGCGACACAUUGCCAAUUUGUAUAUUCAGGCCAGGAAUAAUUUUACCCACUUGCGAGGAACCUGUGCCAGGUUGGAUUGAUAAUCUCUAUGGACCCAUGAGUGUGUUGUAUGGCAGUGCCUAUGGUGUUUUAAGAGUUAUGUAUGGCAAUCCCAAGCAACCCGCUGGUUUGGUUCCUGUGGAUUUCUGUGCCAAUAUGAUGCUAGCCUGUGCCUGGUACACGGCAACUGCAGUUAAACAAAUUCCCUCCAAAGAUCCUCCCAUAUAUAAUUUGGUACCCGAUGAGAAAAACACCUUGGAAUGGGGUGCCUACAAGAAAUAUGUAGAAGAACAUGGUGUUCAGAUACCGUUGGCCAGCAUGAUUUGGUAUCCGUUUUUGAUAUUUGCCAAAAAUGUCUACUUUUAUCGCUUCUUAACAUUGGUCUAUCAUACACUGCCAGGCUAUUUUAUAGAUUUUUUACUGCUGCUCAUGGGAAAACCAGCAAGAAUGACAAGAGCCUACAAAAAGAUACAUAAACAAUGUAAUUUGUUGCGUUACUUUUUGAAUCAUAAAUUUACUUUUGAUACCACCAAUUCGAAGAUGGUGUGGAAAGCCAUGACUCCAGAUGAUCGACGUUUGUUCAACUUCGAUAUGGUUUCACUGAAUUGGAGUAAUUAUUUCUACAAUAGUUUGUUUGGUUUGAGGAGAUUUUUGGCCAAGGAAGAUCCUUCGACUAUACCACAAGCCAAGAAGCUGUUAAGAAGAUUACACGUCCUUCAUUGUGUUCUUCAUGCCUUAGUAUUUGUUGGUUUAUUCUGGCUGUUAUGGUCUUUAUUGAAAUUCAUCACACUCUCAUAGUUCUAUCUCCUAUUGACUGUAUUAAAUAGUAGAAUGUAAUUUAAUAAAUCUAGUUUAUAGUUGUUUUGUUAUUACCUUAGGGGAUUUUUUUUUAUUUUGCAAAUAUUAGAAAACUGUUUCACUGCACAACAAUACUCCAAAUGCAAUCUAAUAUAUUGAAUUUUGUUUUUUAUUGAAAUAAAUUAUAUUAUACUAAUUGUUAUGA